UUUGUGUUUUUUUUUGCAGCAUGAUUUUAGUUUAAUGAAUACGAAAGCCUUUGCGAACCUAAAAGGCUCUGGCGGUAACAUAUGAGAAGUCUUUGAAGUUUUAGAUGAUGCCCGACGUGCUAUUUUCAGAAAUACCGUCUUUGGCUAUUUUAUUGAUGUCCCUCGUUUACAAGGGGACGCUUUAUUGUUUCAUAAAAUGUUCCUUCAUCAGAUCCGGCCGGACCCUGUUUUAUCUCCAGAUGGAAUAAAAUGUUUAUAUUUUCGAGUAGGCAAUACCAAAAUGGUUUAUGGGCCGGAAGAGUUUUGUUUGAUUACCGGCUUCAAUUUUGGGGAGUAUCCAAAAAACAUUGGGAGAAAAGGGUCGGAAAAAUUAAUAAGCAGUAAAAAAAGAUGUUUACUGCGUGAACGGCUAUUUCCGGACCAUACUAAUAGUUCGGUGAAAAUCGGCGACCUGAAAAGUUUAAUUUUAAAUCAAACAUUCCUAGCACUUGACGACCUUGAUGCAGUUAGAGUAUGUUUGAUAUACAUUUUGUGUGAAGGUUUUUUGGGCAAAGAAGUUAACGAUCGGGUGCCACAAGAUUGGUUUUAUUUGGCUGAGAAUUUGGAUCUCUGGAAUAGCUUCGCUUGGGGUAGUUAUCUAUGGGAUUUUACUUAUGUUGACCUUGAGGAUACGUGGAAUAAGAUACAUCAUUAUUUAUCACUUCCUGAGCGUGGUCAAACUUUAAAGUAUUCCGUCUCAGGAUUUACGGCUCCAAUUAGGAUAUGGAUAUAUGAGAUGAUUCCGGCUGUUCGUGCAUGUGGAUUUGCAUUGAGAAAAAAUAAAGACUUGCCUCGGAUGAAAAGAUGGAGCGGAACAAAAAAAUUGAAAUGGGUUGACGUGAACAAGAUUUGGUCAAAGAUGCAGGUUUAAAAAUAUUUCGUUUAUUAUUAAUAAAGUUGAUUAUUAUAGUUUUAUAUGCAUUUUUAAUAUGUUUAAUUUUUUA